AUGACAGAAAACGUGGAAGAUAAAGAGUGCAGUAACUUUCAGUUUAUAUCUACACCAUCAGACUUUUUUCUCAAAGGCAUCAGAAGUGUUUUGAAGUGUAAUAGGGAGACUGGAAAGCUGAGUCUUGCUUCUCACACAGGUACCUGUCUUUUUCUGACCGUUUGUAGUUUAAUUAUAACGAUUUUAUUAUAUUUUACAUUAGUUUAUAUGGUUUUAGAUGACUUACAGCGUGGUCAACACAAAAUUUUAAUACCUAUUUUUCAGAACUUGCUGACCUGGACUGCCUUAAUGUUCUUGGGUCGUUUUCUGGUUUCUUUGGACGUUUAGAAUGUGAUAAUUGUACUUACUUACUUUUAAUUUCCCAAUCAACUAAAAUUGGUACAUUUGGUCCAGAAGAUAGUCCGGUAUACAGAAUUGAUCGUCUUGUAGCAAUUCCUGUAGUCAAUGACGGCAAUCUAGCUCCAGAUUGUUUGGAAAAUGACACAGGAUUUGAACGGAUAAAGAAUCAGCAAAAGAAGUUGUUUAACUUUGUCACUAACCGAAGUAAUACCAGUCGAUUGAUAGACGAAGUGUUGAAGUUGGUCAAUGUGUCCGGGAGCUUUUAUUAUUCUGAGUCCCAUGAUUUGACGUUGAGAUCACAAAGGUAGGGAGAGUCUUUUUUUUUUAUUUUGGCUUUUAGGCAUUCCAAGAAUCCGGAUGAGUCAGCUUUGGAGUUUUUUUGGAAUCGAAAUUUGUUGUCGGAUUUGUUUGAAGAUGGGAAGCAGGUUCACAACACGUCGGAAUGGUAAGAAAUUUAAAAUUUAUUGGCUUAUAUGUAGAACAGACAUUAAAAGUUACGUAGUUUUGAUUAUAAUUUUAAAAUUUGAAAAAUGUUGUUACCUAAAACUUUUCUUGUAAUAGUUUGUUUAAAAAUGGCUUAAACAUUGAUUUUGAUAUAUUUUCGGUAUAAGUUAUGAUUUUAUAUCUUUUUUAACUUCAAUAUUAUCCAAAAGUUUAAUUUGUUACCUAAAAUAUGUUAUUUUAGGGUAUUACGAAUAAUACAUGGAUAUUUUGAACAAAAGUUCUUGUCAUACGAAACAGAAUCGCAACUAAGACUAACCUUAGUGUCGAGAAGGUCUGUACACAGAGCUGGAUGUAGGUAUCUGCGUAGAGGUAUAGACGGCGAUGGGAAUGUGGCCAACUUUGUGGAAACUGAAAUGAUGCUCAAUAUUUUUGGACAUACGUUGUCUUUUGUUCAGGUAACGUGUUUCUACUUGUUUAUAGUGUUGUUAACAACUUGAAUUUUCAAUAUUGUUAUUAAUAAAACGUUUUUGUGAUAAAAUUAUUAAUGUUUUACUGUUAAUGACCUUAUUAUUGUCUACUAUAAUAUAACAAUAUACAUUUUUAGUUACGAGGCUCAAUUCCGGCCUUCUGGAGUCAAAAAGGCUACAGAUAUCGACCGCCUUUAGUAAUCGACAAAGAAAUAGACGAGUCAAUUCCAGCUUGUAAAUCUCAUUUCGAAAAGAUUAAAGAUGAGUAUGGUACGCCUGUUAGUAUAGUCAACUUGGUCGAUCAUACUGGUCGAGAGUUCGCCCUGGGAGAGACAUUUCUUCAACACGUACUCAAAAUGAAUGACGAUGACAUCAGAUACUUUUCUUUCGAUUUUCAUGAUCAUUGUCGUGCUCUCAGGUUUGAUAACGUAAGUUUAGGUUUUUAGGACUUUUGAGAUUUUCCUGUAAUAUUAUUUCUUAUUGUACUUUCAAAUGUUACAGUUACAGGUAUAGAUUUCCUUAACCGUUUGAGUUUUCUAACUUUUGUUUUUAAAAUUUUUUUUUUCAAUUUUAGGUAUCAAUAUUGAUGAACGCUUUGGAGCCAACCCUGUCGCAAACUGGAUUCUGUUGGAUUGACAAAGGAGGGCAGAUGGUCAGAGAACAAAAAGGUAUCAUAAGAACGAACUGUGUAGAUUGUUUGGAUCGGACUAAUGUUGUACAGGUAAGAAAGUGGAGAUAGUUACUAAAAAGCAUGCAGUUGUUAAUGAAGAUGACUUUAUAUUGUUAUAGAUUAACUUCUUUUCUUAGAAUAUGCAGUUUCUUAACUAUAAAUUCUAAUGAAACUAACGUAUAAGUAUUAGUUUAGUAAGAAUCAAGUCUAAACUAAACUUUAUUUUUAGAGUGCAAUAUCACAGAACGUCGUUUCCUGCCAAGCCUUAAAGCUCGGCCUAAUCGAACCCUUCACUGACACACCAGAAAUCCUCGUCCGCCUUCUACAAACGAUGUGGGCGGAGCACGGUGACUUUAUCUCAAGACAGUACGCCGGCACCAAUGCUCUAAAAGGAGAUAUCACACGAGGAGGGCAACGAAAACUAGUAGGAUUGAUGAAGGAUGGUUACAACUCAGCUAGUCGUUACUAUCUAAGUCAUGUUAAAGAUGCUCAAAGGCAACGCGCAAUGGAUGCUAUCACUUCUGGCAGUGGAAAAACUGUUUUUAUAUCUAAAAAUGAAGCCGAAAUGGGUAUAGAAGCCAAGGAAAUGGAGACGGUAGAGGAGGAAGAGGAGGUGGAGAACAUUGGCAGGAUGGUGCACGAGACUGCCAGGUUUAUACUACCUGAGAAUGAGGUUUUAGUUGGGGGAUGGGCAUUGGUUGAGGCUUCUAGCAGUUCGAAUCAAGUGGAUACUGUACUUUUGUUGACCAGGUGAGUAAAUUAGUACUAUUAAGCAUAAAAAAGUACGUUAAGAAGCUACAGGUUCAACUCUUGUAAAAAUACAGAGUUGUAUAUGUGUGAGACCUAGCUUGUAUGAAAGAUGAUGUUGUACAAUUUGAACCGUUAGCCUUUCGGCUAUCACAACAAAACCCCUCUACACCUAAUAAAAAUCAUUUUUCAGAUCCCAACUGUUUAUCGCCUUGUAUUCAGAAGACUCCGAGAAGCUCCUCGACCUCACAAAGAUCAGUUUUCCUGAGGUGAAGUUGAUCGAAACUGGACCGGUCGAUAAAACUGACAAGAUUUACCUUCGAAUUCACUGGGAAUCAAACGAAAAAUUGAAAUUCAAAACCUGGAGGGCAGCGAGUGUCAGAUUGUUCAAUAAUGUUGCGAUUGCCAUAAAGGACGAGUCAGAAGGCGACGAAUAUGUUUUGUCGAUAGCUGAACAGAUGAGAAUAACAUUACAAAUGACUGAUAAUGCAGUGGAAGUGAGGAAAGUCAACAGAUUGGAUAACAACACGAGUCCCGUUGGGUAAGACGGUUUGAAUUUAGUGAAAUUCAGUGAUGUAGAUAGUUUGAUUUUACGUUUACAUGCCAGAAAAUUUUUUUAAUUGAAAUUUUCGUUGACAUUUCUAAUGUAGCUAUUGCAGGUUCAACCGCUCCAACUUCUUGAACUCGCUUGGCUCCAAGAUUAAGCUGCCAGGGAUCAAACGGUCAAAUGCUGGUAAAGAUUUACUAACACCGCCUACGGUAAGUAUUAGGUCGUUCAACUAAUUCUAUGCUUCCUAACCCCGAAACUUUUCAUUGAGAGGGGCACAGAAUUAUUUGAACAAGCUAAUAAAAUAUUAUUGGUUUGGCGAUAAAGUUAUGCCAUGGCAUGCCACUUUUGAGUAAUGACUAGACCUGUAAAAGAGCUGGACCUUGGUUUGGGUUCCGGAAUUCGGGCUUUCGUGUGCCUGCUCGGCCCUUUUUAAAUUUGCUUCGGCCGUCCUCCCCUCUCCCUCCUCUAAGCCGGACCGGGCCUAUUGGCCCCAUUUUAGGUCUUGACAUUUUGAGGUGUUUAUCUAAUGCAGUACCAAUUUUUUAUACUAAGUGUAAUAUAUUUUUUUACAGCGCAAUUCCCAAUUGGUCAAAAAGUACAUAGAAUAGCAUGAAUGUUGCAAGAUUGAUUCCUCUUUUUGAUUUUUCUAUAUUUGUUCCGACCAAACAAGUACAAGCUAAAAACGAUAAAAAGAAUAAUGAUAAGAAGAAAAUCCUGAUAAUUGAUGACAAAAAUGACUUACCUUAUUCAGAUGUCCACCUCCAAGUCGGACGGCCUACUGUCGACGUCAGGUUUGAUUGGAAAACUUCAAGACAAGUUCAAGGUACCAUUAACAAGAUCCACGAAUCAAGUUAACACCGAUUCCAUAAUCGAUAUCGAAGAAAUGAAACCGGAACGAGAUCCUUUCGAAUCCUACAAGGACAGCAUUCUCAAGUCCAACUCCCAGAUAGUCAUGUUGUGA